AAUGUUGCAAUUAAUAUUUUGCUGGUUUAUUACUCUCUUAAAUAAAGAAUGAAGAAGAAAGCAUUACAUCCCCAUAGGCCACCCAUGAGGCCACAACAAUGCUCUGAUGGGUGGCGUGAAUAAUUACACAGAGAAAGGAACAGGCUGCUGUAGUCCUCUAUAUAAAAUUAGCUACGAGUCUCGCAGGCUGGCCGGUGUGGAAGAGCAGUUAUGGUGGCUUUAUUUGUUAGAUAUUUCCUCAUGAACUUCUAUCAGUUCAUGAUUUAUUCCUCCCUUUUCUUCCCGGAGUCUUCCUUUCUUUCCUCGUCCUGUAAGCUGCUGAGAACGUUUUACCUCAAUGGUCUGCACAAGCCUGGCGACGUGAUCCUGGGCGGGCUGUUCGAGGUCCACUACAGCUCCGUCUUUCCUGAGCAGACCUUCACCUCAGCGCCACAUCCGCCCAGCUGCCAGGGGUUUGAAACUCUAGGGUUCAGACAUGCUAUGACUAUGGCUUUUGCCGUUGAGGAGAUCAACAAGAACCCCGAUCUGCUGCCAAACCUGACCCUGGGAUACAGCCUUUAUGAUAACUGUGCCACUCUUAGCAUUGGGUUCAGCGCUGCCUUGGCAAUGGCCAGCGGGCAGGAGGAGCAGUUUUCGAUUCAAGAGAGCUGUUCAGGAACCCCUCCAGUUGUGGGAAUUGUUGGUGAUCCUUUUUCCACGUUUUCUAUAGCUGCCUCAGACGUUUUAGGUUUGUACAGGCUGCCUAUGGUGAGUUAUUUUGCCACGUGUUCUUGCCUAAGCGAUCGCCAGCGUUUUCCAUCUUUCUUCAGAACAAUCCCAAGUGACGCUUUCCAGGUCCGUGCCAUGAUUCAGAUUCUGAAGCACUUUGGCUGGACCUGGGCGGGCCUCCUGGUCAGUGACGACGACUAUGGCCUUCAUGUUUCCAGAUCAUUCCAAACUAACCUGACUCGAUCGGGCGGCGGCUGUCUGGCGUACACGGAGGUUUUACCGUGGGGAGACAAUCCGAGGGAAUAUAAAAGGGUCGUUGAUGUUAUGGCAAAGUCCACGGCACGCGUAGUGAUUGUGUUUGCACAUCAGAUGCACAUGAUCCAACUCAUGGAACAGGUGGUGAAGCAGAAUGUGACAGGGCUGCAGUGGGUUGCCAGCGAGGCCUGGACGUUACUGGAAGGCCUCCAGAUCUCUGCUUUCACGUCGUUUCUUGGUGGAACUCUGGGCAUCGCUGUCCGUCGCGGAGAAAUACCAGGACUCAGAGACUUCCUGCUGAGAAUUCAUCCUGACCAGCACAACAUCUCAGAAAAUAGCAUGGUGAAGCAGUUUUGGGAGCACACGUUUCAGUGCAAGUUUCUGCUGCCUGCAGCAGGUUUGGCAGAAGACGCUGGAGUGCAAUGCACCGGACGAGAAGACCUGAACAGUGUGACUACUGACCUGCUAAAUGUGUCAGAACUCAGGCCUGAGUAUAAUAUUUACAAAGCUGUGUACGCGCUGGCACAUGCUCUUCAUGACAUGCUGAGCUGCAUCCCAGGGCGAGGGCCUUUCAGAGGGAACAAAUGUGCGUCUUUGCAAACAUUAGAGCUCUGGCAGCUAAUGCACUACCUGGAACGGGUCAACUUCACCACACCGUUUGGUGACCAAGUCACGUUCGAUGAAAACGGCGACGCAUUACCAAUAUACGAUAUCAUGAACUGGAUUUGGCUGCCCGACGGAACAAUUAAAGUUCAGAGUGUCGGGGAGGUUCAGAGGUCUGCGUCCAGAGAGGAAGAACUCACAAUUGAUGAAGUCAAAAUCUUCUGGAACUUUGAAUCUAAAAAACCGCCCAGGUCUGUGUGCAGUGACAGCUGCCCCCCUGGAACGCAUAUGGUGAGGAGGAAAGGAGAGCCUCUGUGCUGUUUUUAUUGUGUCCCGUGCUCUGAAGGAAAGGUCAGCAACAAAACUGACUCCUUGGAGUGCUUUAAUUGUCCUGAGGAUUUCUGGUCCAGCCCCCAACGAGAUCACUGCAUUCCUAAGAAAACUGAGUUCCUCUCCUAUCAGGAACCUCUGGGUAUCUGUUUGACAGUGACCUCGUUGCUGGGAACGUCAGUCUGCGCCGUCGUUCUGGGGAUCUUCACCUACCAUCGCACCACACCCAUUGUACGAGCCAACAAUUCAGAACUCAGCUUCCUGCUCCUGGUGUCGCUCAAGCUGUGCUUCCUGUGUUCGCUGCUGUUCAUCGGACGACCCAGGCUGUGGACAUGCCAGCUGAGACACGCUGUAUUUGGGAUCAGCUUUGUGCUUUGUGUGUCCUGCAUCCUGGUGAGAACCAUGGUGGUUCUGGCUGUGUUCAAAGCCUCUAAACCAGGAGGUGGCACCUAUCUAAAGUGGUUUGGUGCUGUGCAGCAAAGAGGAACGGUUUUUGCUCUCACUUGCAUUCAGGUAGCAAUUUGCACCGCAUGGAUUGUCACCGCGUCACCGGCACCUCAUAAAAACACUCAGUACCACAAUGACAAGAUUGUUUAUGAGUGUGUCGUUGGGUCCAUAAUUGGUUUCAGCGCUUUACUGGGUUAUAUCAGUGUACUCGCCAUCCUUAGCUUUGUGUUAGCAUUUUUGGCGAGAAAUCUUCCCGACAACUUCAACGAGGCCAAACUCAUCACGUUCAGCAUGCUGAUCUUCUGUUCUGUGUGGGUGGCCUUUGUUCCUGCUUAUAUCAACUCUCCGGGCAAAUACGCAGACGCAGUGGAGGUGUUCGCCAUCCUUGCUUCCAGUUUUGGCCUUUUGGUGGCGCUGUUUGGACCUAAAUGUUACAUAAUUCUGCUGAGACCAGAAAGAAACACAAAGAAAGCCAUCAUGGGUCAUAGAACUACAAAAUGUUAAAGGGCAGCUUAUGUACAAUUUAUGUUAUCGCUGCAGCCUGUUAACAAAGACAGUGGAAUUAUUCAUCUCUAAUUCAUUCACUGAAACUUAAAAACAUUUGUCAAUAGCAUUGUUUGGUGUGAUAUGUACAAAUAUUUGCUUUACUAAUAUAUGAAAAAUUGUGAGAGAAAAACAAACACUGUGCCUUUUUAACCAAGAUUUAGAUUUAUUUUUCUUUAAAGCGCGUUUUAAGAUACUUAGAGUACAAGCUCAUCCACUUUUAGAUAUUUGCACAAUAUAUCAGCUCAGAGAAACAUUUUGUUUGUUCAGUACAACUAAUUUAUAUGUUUCUUUGUGUCUAUAAAACAUUUUUCCUCCAAAUUGUUUGUUUAAUCCCUGAAUAUUGUCAGCUAAAUCCUGAUUGGGAGUGUUUUUAAUCUGGUACUUAUAAGAUGCCACUUUCUCAAUGUCAGUUCCCAGAAUGUUCAGUGGGUGUUAGUUCACCCAAAUCUCUCAUGUAAAAAAACUGACCAAAGAAAAAAAAAAUCAUGGUACUCUUUGAUCUAAAAUUAAAAAGAAACAUAUGUGAUCAUUUGAAAACCUACUCAAUGGUCAUGAUAAACAAUCUUACAGUUUUUUCAAGUUUUGUGCAAAAAUAUGUCUUGUUUGCCUCAUCCAGGGUAAAUAAAAAUAAAAAACUAAAUAAAU